AUGAAAGUCUUUACUGAUUUACAAGAAGGUUUGUUGGAACAAUAUGUGACUAAAGCUUCUGAUAUUUAUUAUGGACUUUCUUCUAAGGAAGUGAGGAAACUAGCUUAUCAGUAUGGAAAAGUGAAUAGCAUAAAAAUGCCUCAUAAUUGGAGUGCAAAUGGAGCAGCUGGAGAAGACUGGUUCAGUGCUUACCUAAGAAGGCACAAAAAACUAUCAAUAAAAAAACCUGAGGCAAUAAGUCAAGCACGUGUUUCCAGUUUUAAUCCAACAAAUGUUCAAAAGUUUUACAACAAUUUACAAACUAUUCUUAAUCGUUUAAAGUUGGAAAGUGGAGAUAUUUGGAAUAUGGAUGAAACUGGUAUUACAACAGUUCAAACUCCAGAUCAUAUUUUAAUAAGAAAGGGUUUUAAACAAAUUGGCCGUGUUCCUUCGGCUGAGAAAGGCAAUUUAGUAACUGCGGCAGUUGCUGUUUUUGCCAGUGGAAAUUCAAUUCCUCCAUUUUUCAUAUUUCCUUGUGUGAAAUUUAAAAGCUAUUUUUUAAAUGGUGCUCCUGAUGGAAGUGCAGGCGCUGCAAACCUAUCUGGUUGGAUGACUGAAGUUCAAUUUUUGCAGUUUUCCCAUCAUUUUGUCAAAUAUGCCAGAAGUACAAAAGAACGACCUGUUUUGUUGCUAUUAGACAAUCAUGACUCUCAUCUUUCCGUGGAGGCUUUAAAUUACUUUAAAGAAACUGGGGUAUCGGUUUGUUCAUUUCCUCCUCAUUGCAGCCAUAAACUUAAACCUCUAGAUCGAAGUGUAUUUGGACCUUUUAAAAAAUACACAAACACAGCUUGCGAUGCGUGGAUGAAAAUGCACCCUGGUUCCACAAUGUCUAUUUACAGUAUACCAGGUAUUGUGGGUAACUCAUUUCCAUUAGCAUGUCCCCCUAAUAAUAUCAAGGCUGGUUUUGCAAAAACAGGAAUUUACCCACUACAUGUUAACAUUUUUGGUGAACACGAUUUUAUGCCAGCCUAUACCACAGAUAGACCACCUACAAAAUAA